AAUAAUGGACCAUCAGGUGUAUAUAAGGCUGGUCCCUGUGAUGUACCUCCCUCAGUGCGAGUUCUGAUUUGUGAAAUUGCAGUGGAGGAUUCCACUGCUCAUCGCUGAGAAAGAGUGCUUUUCUGUUGAAAAAGGACUCUCUCCUCCUGCUUCAUACCACUUGACUUCUCUGGUGACUUAAAGGCUCAGGGACUUUCAGCGUCUAGAAUGUGCUGGUCACUAAAUGAAAUAAAGUAUUGCCCCUCUAGGUAGGUUGGGUAUUGAAGGUUUUGAAAACAGUACUUUUUAUGUGGAGACAGUUUUACUCUGUUCUCUUUUUCCUCUUUCAUGACUGUGCAUACAGGAGGAUAGCAUCUCAUGCAAGGAUCAUUUCAAUCACAAAGCAUUUUUUUAAGCAUCUGAUAUGUGUUUAAUGUAGUCAAUUAUCUUAAGAUUUUUUUUUUCAUUUGUUAAGGAGAUGAAUUGGGGAAUCUUAGUUUUCAUUUUUUUCUCCCCUUAAAAAUUCCCCCCAAACCACAUUGGCUAGAGCUUAGGGGAGACAUUCCCACUACUUAGUCACCAAACCCUGCCAUGGAAUGCAGAGCUGAAUUACUGGGUAUGGCUAGGACCUGAAUGGGACUGCAAGCAGCAGCUUAUCUCACUUCUCUCAUCUCUUGAGUAGAUCUGGCUGAUCCUAAGAUGGGAUAUUUGGGUUAGUUUUUGUUGUGGCUUGCUGGUUUGGUGAGCAUUUUAAUUUUGUUUUACUGGGGAUUGAACCCAGAGCUUCAUACAUGCUAGGAAAUCUCUUCACCUCUGAGCCACAUUACCAGCUCUUUUAUUUUUAAUUUUGAGACAGGAUCUCACCAAGUUGUCCAGAAUCACCUCAAACUUUCUUUUUCUUUCUCUUUUUCUUUUGGUACUGGUGAUUAAACCCAGGGGCACUUAAUUACUGAGUCACAUCCCCAGCCCCUACCCCCUUACUUUUUAAAAAAUAUUUUAUUUAGAGACAAGGUCUAGCUGAGUUACUUUGGGCCUCACCAAGUUGCUAAGGCUGGCUUUUGAACUCGUGAUCCUCCUGCCUCAGCCUUUUGAGCCACUGGGAUUACAGGCAUGCGCCACCAAGCCCAGCUGGUGAACAGGUUUUUGAUGUUAAAGUUUUCAUCAUAGUGAUGAUUUAAUUUUUUUAGAUAUCCAGAAGUACAUCAGUCGGGAAGUUGGCGUUUAUCUUGUUUGAUUCACCAGUGCUCUCUUUUGUAAGAAUUAGCAAAAGAAUGGAGGUCACACUUAAAGCGUCUUUAAGUCUUUUUAUUCUUUUCUUACUGUCCUCUGUAUUUGGUCUCAAAUAGGUGUUAAAACUUGGUGUGCAUAGGGUAUUAAAAGGUCCAGUUCUUGCCAUGUCCCAAUUUUAAUUUGAUACAUCUAGGGGGAGCUAAGGAAUGUGAACCUUUAACAAGCAUUCCAGGUGAUUUCAUGUGAUUGCAACCAGACUUUGAGAAAUACUGAACUUGGAGCUUGCCUCCAACUUGCUGGAUCUUUUUCUUCCUUUCCCAGCACCAAACAUACAGUUUCUUUUCUAAGCAAAUGUCUGGGGGCUGUGUGAUGUAGUUCCUAUAGUAACUUCCCUGCAUUGGCAGACGGUGGUGGUCAUUAAGAGGAGGCACAGCCAUAGUUGAUCUUAGCUGAGUUCCUAAUGCAGAGGCAUGGGGACCAGUGAUUCUGCUUCGAGAGGGGCAAGAGAGAGAAGAAAGGACAAGGGCACACAGUACAGGCAGUGGUGGAGCUUCCUUGGGCAAAGGCUGAUCGUGAGGACUUCGGGUCUUAACUCCCAGCUCUUUGUAAUUGAUGUUGGACACUGGUACAUUCAUUGUGUCAGUCAAGACCCAAGUAGAGGUGGAAGCAGAAGCUUUUCUGUCUCACAUGCACCUGUACGUAGGAAGCCUAGAUGUGCCGAGACCCAACAGCAGGGUGGAGAUCGUGGCUGCCAUGAGACGAAUACGGUAUGAGUUUAAAGCCAAGAAUAUCAAGAAGAAGAAAGUGAGCAUUAUGGUUUCAGUGGAUGGAGUGAAAGUGAUUCUGAAGAAGAAGAAAAAGCUUCUUUUAUUGCAGAAAAAGGAGUGGACGUGGGAUGAGAGCAAGAUGCUGGUGAUGCAGGACCCCAUCUACAGGAUCUUCUAUGUCUCUCAUGACUCCCAAGACUUGAAGAUCUUCAGCUAUAUCGCUCGAGAUGGUGCCAGCAAUAUCUUCAGGUGUAACGUCUUUAAGUCCAAGAAGAAGAGUCAAGCUAUGCGAAUCGUCCGGACGGUGGGGCAAGCCUUUGAGGUCUGUCACAAGCUGAGCCUACAGCACACACAGCAGAACGCAGACGGCCAGGAAGAUGGGGAGAGUGAGAGGAACAGCAAUGGCUCAGGGGAACCAGGCCGCCAGCUCACGGGAGCCGAAAGAGCCUCCACUGUCACUGCAGAGGAGACUGACAUCGAUGCAGUAGAGGUCCCACUCCCAGGGAAUGAUGUCCUGGAAUUCAGCCGAGGUGUGACCGACCUGGAUGCUGUAGGAAAGGAAGGAGGCUCCCACAUGGACUCCAAGGUCUCACCCCAUCCUCAGGAGCCCACACUGACAGCUUCGCCCCGCAUGCUGCUUCCUUCUUCUUCCUCGAAGCCACCAGGCUUGGGCACAGGGACGCCGCUGUCCACCCACCACCAGAUGCAGCUCCUCCAGCAGCUCCUCCAGCAACAGCAGCAGCAGACGCAAGUGGCUGUGGCCCAGGUUCACUUGCUGAAGGAUCAGUUGGCUGCCGAGGCUGCAGCUCGGCUGGAGGCCCAGGCCCGUGUGCACCAGCUUCUGCUGCAGAACAAGGACAUGCUCCAGCACAUCUCGCUGCUGGUCAAGCAGGUGCAGGAGCUGGAGCUGAAGCUGUCAGGACAGAAUGCCAUGGGCUCCCAGGACAGCUUGCUGGAGAUCACCUUCCGCUCCGGAGCCCUGCCUGUGCUCUGUGAUCCUAUGACCCCCAAGCCAGAGGACCUGCAUUCUCCGCCAUUGGGCGCAGGCUUGGCUGACUUUGCCCACCCCGCGGGCAGCCCCUUAGUUGACCACAGCAUGUUUGAGAAUUUGAACACAGCCCUCACUCCGAAGCUCCAGUCGAGCCGUUCCUUCCCCCACCUGUCCAGACCUGUGGCCCCCAGCUCUGCCACCCUUGGCUCUUCAGAGCCUGGUGGGCCAGGAGUGAGGGUGGGGAGCAGCCAGCACCUCAAGAACCUAGGCAAAGCCAUGGGGGCCAAAGUCAACGACCUCCUGAGGAGAAAGGAGCCCUCAGGCCUCAGCAGUGUGGGUGUGAUGGAGAUCAACAAGACUGCGGGGGCUCAGCUGGCUGGUGGGGCUGAUGGGACAUCAGGGGCCUGGCUAGAGGAUGAAAGAUCAGUCCCUGAGGACUUCCCUCGCCUGGAUCCUCCACCUCCCAUAACCAGGAAGCGAACCCCUAGGGCCCUGAAGACCACCCAGGACAUGCUGAUAUCAUCACAGCCCGUCCUAAGUAGUCUGGAGUAUGGGACAGAGCUGUCACCUGGGCAGCCCCAGGACUCCCCUCUCACUGUCCAACCUGUCCCAGCAGAUGCUUCACAGCUGGAGGCCACCAUGGAAGAUAGGGACGAGGUUCUGCCCAAUGGUGAAGUUUCCCUAUCGGUUCCUGACCUAAUUCACAAGGACAGCCAGGAUGAAUCUAAGUUAAAGGCAUCUGAGCACAGAAGAGCCUCCUCCCCAGGCCUCGUUGAGAGGAAUGGCCUCAAACUCAGCUUGAGCCCCAUCAGCCUGGCCGAGUCCUGGGAGGACAGUAGCCCCCCUCCUCGGGCACGGACCUCCAGCCUUGACAAUGAGGGCCCUCACCCAGACCUGCUGUCCUUUGAGUAGCCUGUGAUCUUCCCUGCCAAGCACCCCUCUUCCCUCUGCUUUCUCUUCCACUGUGCACAGGGGGCCCUGGCCCUAGCUCUACCAUGCCCUUUGGUCUUCCUUGUACAAGGCACCUGCAGAAAGCUGAUUUCCACACAAGAUGUUGCAGGGUUAAAAGUCCACAGGUAAUUCUAGUUGAAGAGUCUAUCUGCAGAAUGGCAAAAGGACUCAGGUGCCAUCCUUGAUCCUAAUUUCUAUAAGCUCCUCUGGGUGUUGAUUGUAACCCAGGGGUACUAGAUCUCUUUCACCCACAAGUUUGUUCCAGCUUCCUACUGAAUGACAGGGCUACCAGCUCAGGGUGAUGGAUCUUGCAGGACUUUUCUUUGUCUGUCUCCCAUAUGCUGCCUGCUCUUCCUCACCCAAGCCCUGGUUCCUCUCUCUCCUCCAUCAUGGCCCAGAGAUCCUAUCUCAGGGGGCAACAAGGCUGGAUGAGGAAUGAUGGGGUUGGCUUGAUGAUGGGGCCUGUCCUAGAAAGCCACACAACCUGACCGUAGCCCAGCCACGGUUCCUCCUGGUUCCAAGAGAGUGCGGGGCACCUGGUAUCUUUCCUCUGUCCCAGGGGGCCAGAGGGGGUGCUUAACCUAUCACUCAGGGUUAUCGAGGUUUUUCCCAUCCUUUAGGCACCUGGGAAAAUGCUGGGGCUUCCUGCACAGAAAUAACAGCCAGGCUUCCUUUGCUAUGUGUGUGAAGACAGGGCUAGGCAGGCCUCAGAAGAAGCAGCAGCAGAGCAUGUUUUGAUUUUGGUUUGAGAGGAGAACCCAGGAGAGUAAGGGUGGUCCUACUAGAGAGGAGAGCAGAGGUGUAGAUAAGGGAGUGAAGCCAAGAUAGAGAAGAGUGUGGUUGGGGAUCAGAGCAAUUUUUCAGGGUCACCCCACAGCCUAGAAUGAAGCAGUGCCAGGGUCUCAGUAAGUGUGAGAGCCAGGGAGAAGCAUGUGAGAGACUGGGAUGCGAUCCAAACUGUGGAGGCACACCUCCUAAUAAACCCAAGGUGCUUUGUGCUUUUGAAGUUGCCUGAGUCUCCUGCAGCACCAGGCCUCCCUGGAGGGGCCUCUGUCCUGCCCUUCCCUAGUUCUGUCCUGAUGCCAGGGGUGGUCCUCUGCUCCCUCCUUCUGGAUCCGCCUAAGGAACAGAUAAGUAUCCUCAAACCUUCACUUGUUCCUAUCCUCCUGGGUUAACCCACUUUUGUAUUCCUGUCUCCCACCAGGGGACCUAUUGUACUGUCUUCCAAGGGCCAGGAGACCCUGCAGCGAGCUCAAUCUUGGGGGUCUUUGCAGCAAGAAGAUAACAUCUCUCUUUCUCUCUCUUUUUUUGUUUUUUAACAAGGCAACCGGUAUCUAAAGAGAAGAAUGGGAAUGGUAGGUCCAGCCAGGGCAGGCUGUGCCUCAGGCUUCUUCCUAUCAUUCCUGUGCCCUUCCCUUUUCCUUUCAGUGUUUGGCUUCUCACCCAUGAGCUCUGGGAUACCUAGGCCUGGCUUCCCAGUUGAUUAUCACCAAGCCUCUGCUCCUCUUCCUACCACCAUAUAAUACAUCCACGUUAACUCCUACAGAACUGGAAGCUUCAGUGGGAUUGCCGGCAUGUGGGCACAUUCUUGUUUCUACAAUUGUACAGCCUUGCCUCCACCCUCUCACACCCUUCUCUUCUGCCUUCUUUUGCCCCAGAAAGCAAGGUUUUGCAACAUACUCCCUGCAAAGUCCUUUUCCUUCCCUGCUUAUGAGGGUCCUGUGCAGCUGAGUGCCUGCAAGGACGCGGUGGAGUGAGCAGGGCUGUUAGCACACAUAAAGGCCCUGCCCUGCCUUACCCUAAGAACACCUUGGAAGUCAGAAAUCCUCAGGACUAGCAUUUGGUGUCCUGUGAGUUUUCCUAAAAUGGUUCAUAACAUCAACCAAAACAGAACCGGGAACAUGGGGGCAGAGACUCUAAACACCCACCAGGGAGUAAGCCCAGUUUCAUCUGAGCUCUCUGUACCGGAAGCUUGGUUUGCCCCUCUGACAGGAAACUCAGCAAGUGCCUGCAGUCUGAGGCUGCUGCCCUCCAGGGAUCAAGUAAUGUGGUAACUGGAGUACAAACAGUUCCAGCCCCCUCUUGCUUAAGUACUUGUCUCCACUCCAGCUGCUGCUGGAGUCCUGGCCCUCAGACCCAGGAUUAGCGAAGGGAUCCCACCAGGUUGUCCCAGGACCAUCACAGGAUGACUCCAGGCUUCUUCAGAUUUAUGUCUGAUACUGAGUAAGGUGCCAUGGGACUCUGUGCCAAUCUCUGGCUGCCUACAGCUCAGCCAUUCCCCUGCUCUAGGGGUGACACUGCUACCUAGGAGGCCCUCGAAGAUUGAACCUUGUCUUAGACAUGGUUGCUCCGGGCUAGGUGUUAUCUAGAACCGGUAGGAGCAACUUACUACUAAUCCUGCUGAGGGUUUUUUUCUCUGGCCAACUCUUCCAGCCAAAGCCCCUUCUGGUUUCCUGUCCAUCUCCAGUCUCACCUUCCUGGAUUAUAGCAUGGCAGCCCCACUACCAUAAAUCGCUCCUCAUGAGUCCAGUGGAGCUUGGCAUAGGGCAGCCCAGUCCACCCUGUGAGGGCAAGGUACUGGGGAGGAAUGAAGGGCUAUCUUCUACAUUUGCAAAAGGAAGUUUCUCCCCAGUUCUGUUUAUAACUUCAUCCUGAUCACAAAUGAGCUUCCCAAACCUGGCAGGAUGGUGUUCCCCUCCUGCACAAAGAGAAACAUCUCUGAAUAUUAUGUAUGUAGACGACAUGAAGACAUAUGUUCCUAGCCCAUCAGCUUUGAAAAAAAGUUUGGCCCUAGUUUGGAAGAGGAAGAAGAUUAUAGAUCUAUUCUGAGUAUUUUUAGAGAGUUCAUAUUUAUAUUUUUAGAGAUUUUUCUGGUAGAAGGAAAUUGCACAAUAAAAGAAUUCAGUUUGGUU